AUGACACAAGCUGAAAAAUGUCACUCAUCUUUAAUACCGCAACGCAAGGAUGACAAUGUGUCACCAAGGUUGAGAGGAGCUCGGCCAGACUGCAGAAGCAACGGGCGCCGAAAACCUAGUGUGCAUUGUUUGCUUGUGCGUCCAGGAAAUUCAAGUAUUCAACACAUCACACAAAUCCUACCCUUGGAUGCAUUUGCAAUUUUUAUUCUUUCCACUCAGUGGCAGGAGGUCGUUCAUGCCUCGUACACUUUGCGUCGUUGCAACACCGCCUCAUCGCUGUAUAUCUAUACACCACCUUCUGUCGUAACAUCAGAAAGAGCCAGCCCGUGA